GCCCAAUUAGAUAGCCCAUUGGCCCAUCAGAAAUGCUGGUUCGGUACACGUACGAAGAUUUAAAUUAGGUUCGGAACUUACUUCGGACUGCCGUUGUGCUCUCGAUUUGAAUUUUACAAUUGUAGCCUCAAACUUUUAUCCAUUUCGCGCUCAAUCCUUAGAAUUCAUCUCUCUUCAGUCCUCUCUCUCAGCAGAAGGAACUCUGUCCUUCUUUGCAAGAUCUGUUGUUUAAGCAGAAAGAUUUUAGGGUUCGACCGUAGUUUCUCGAGCAUGGAGGGUAUAAUUUCCCACGAUUCAGAGAACUACGAUGUUGGAGGUCAAAACAUGAAAUUAACGGGAGAGAAAAUUAUGAAGAGCUGCAAAGUAGGAGAUGGGCAGAGAAAACAGCUUUCGGAUAUAAGUAACUUGAAGGAGCAACCAAUAGUGCAGAAGCGAGAUAUGAAGCAGCAGCCGAGUUUGCUUAUGAACAAUGAAUAUGUUGAUAAAUUACAGAAGGAAAAUAUGGCACUCAUGCGAGUUCUGGCAGAAAGAAAUCGCAUAAUUGAGAUAAGUGGAAAUGAGUUAGAGAAAUUGAGAAUCAAUUUUCAGAAAUUGCAGCAACAAAAUCUGCAACUUGCCCAAGCAAACAGUCAAAUGUUAGCGGAACUUAAUUCGAGCAAAGACAGGCUGAAAGCGUUUCAGCAUGAACUUGGAUGUAAAAAUGGUGUUCUUAUGGCUAGAAAUCUGGAUUUGGAGAGAAAAGGAAAAUUAGCAACACUCCAAACUGGAGAGGUAGGGACUACCAAAUGUAGUGAGGCAGAGGAAUCUAUGAAUGCAGAUAAGGAUAAUAAGCCUUGCAAGACUAACAGGCGACGAAAAUCCAGAAGAGAAUCUUUUGGCGCUUCUGUUCUUCAAACAGAGGUUCAGAAGGUUGAAGGCAAGAGACCCUGUUUUAGAAGGCAAUCUGCAAAAUUCAAAACCGAGGAAUCAGUGGCUGCUAAGGAUAUCUUGGAGACAAAAAAUUCCAGUUCUACCGAUGCUUCUCAAUGUAUAGAGACUUCAAUUCUUCCAGCAGAGGUUCAAAAGGCUGAAGGCAAGAGGCCUUGCUUUAGAAGGCAAUCUACAAGAUUCAAAACCGAGGAAUCAGUGGCUGCAAAGGAUAUCUUGGAGACAGAAAAUUCAAAUUCUACUUGUGCUUCUCAAUGUAUAGAAACUUCAAUUCUUCCAGUAGAGGUUCAAAAGGCUGAAGGAAAGAGGCCUUGUUCGAGAAGGCAGUCUGAAAGACUCAAAACUGAGGAACCUGUUGGUACAAAUGACUUAUUCGACAUUGAAAAUUCCAAAUCUACCAAUACUUCUCAAUGUAAAGAGACUUCAAUCCUUCAAACAGAGGUUCAGAAGGUUGAAGGCGAAAGCAGGCCAUGUUCGAGAAGGCAGUCUGCAAGAUUCAAACCCGAGGAACCAAUGGCCACACAAGACUUACCUGAGAUAGAAAAUUCCACUUCUACCAGUGCUUCCCAAUGCAAAGACAUUGUCUGUGAACUUGUUACAACGUCAACAGUAGAAAGAAAAGAUCAUGGCAAUUCUACUGAUAAAUCUGAAGUUCAAGAAUGUCGGAGGUCAUCUGUCGGUAGGCCGUUACGGCGAGCCGUCGAAAAAGUUCAGUCAUAUAAGGAAAUCCCACGUAAUAUCAAGAUGCGCAGACAGGUAUGAUCAAUCCUAACCCAAUUUUUCUCUUCCUGUUGUCGAGGUGAGGACAGAGUUACGAUGAUAGACAAGGUUGCAUCACUGCUUUUGUAACUGUAUCCUUUGAUAGCUUUAGAUUGUGCACCGACUGUUAAACGUCUAGUUUGCUUGCUUGUACUCUUAAGAAACACUUGCAACCAGAGCUCAUUGCAUGGAUUCAACCAUUCACAACACCUUUCAAACUAAAAUGACCCAUUAGUUAUGACUUGCAACCAAUCGGCUCGUUAGGAAGCUUUCUAUCUGUGAAACAACACUCUUGUUUUGCCUUGGCAAAUUAGUUUAAUACUUCAAAAUCUUCUAAUUCUUUCAUGAGUUAGCAAUGUUGUCUGUUUCCUUUGCCAUUAUCUAUCUGAUUCAUGAAUUAGUCCAAGGCUUUGUGACUGUUUUGUCAUACUUGUACAG